AUGCAUUUUCCUCUUGUUUCGGCUUGGAACAAGAGAAGGAGAAGCAAAUCCUAUGAUACGGAUCCAUGGGUCUACAGAGCAGCUGAGUGCUGGCAAAUCAAUGAUCAAGCACCGUCUCAGCCAAGGAAACGGAGAUACGGGUCAUCAGUUUAUACCCUCAAGGAAAUGGAGGAGGCCACAAGUUUCUUCAGUGAUGAGAAUCUGCUCGGUAAAGGAGGCUUUGGCCGAGUUUAUAAAGGCACUCUAAAAACAGGAGAGGUUGUUGCGAUCAAGAAGAUGGAUUUACCUCCGUUUAAAAAGGCUGAUGGAGAACGAGAAUUUCGUGUGGAGGUGGAUAUCUUGAGCAGACUUGACCAUCCAAAUCUGGUCUCUUUGAUUGGCUACUGCGCUGAUGGAAAACAACGGUUCCUAGUAUAUGAAUAUAUGCAAAACGGAAACCUGCAAGAUCAUUUAACUGGAAUAAAAGAAGCAAAAAUAAGCUGGCCGGUAAGGCUCAGAAUUGCACUUGGAGCAGCAAAAGGACUCGCGUAUCUCCAUUCAAGUUCUGCUGUUGGGAUUCCAAUUGUUCACAGAGAUUUCAAAUCCACCAAUGUGCUACUAGACUCCAACUAUAACGCAAAGAUAUCUGACUUUGGACUAGCAAAGUUGAUGCCAGAGGGAAAGGAAACUUGUGUGACAGCAAGAGUUCUCGGAACAUUCGGCUACUUCGACCCAGAAUAUACAUCGACAGGCAAACUUACUUUACAAAGCGACAUAUAUGCAUUUGGGGUUGUGCUGCUAGAACUACUUACUGGACGCAGAGCAGUUGACUUAACUCAGGGCCCAAAUGAACAGAACCUGGUGCUACAGGUUAGGAAUAUACUGAAUGAUAGAAAGAAAUUGCGUAAGGUUAUAGAUCCCGAGCUGCCUCGGAAUUCAUACAGCAUGGAAGCUAUAGCCAUGUUUGCUGAUCUGGCAUCACGGUGCAUCCGUAUAGAGAGCAGCGAGCGACCUUCGGUAAUGGAUUGUGUCAAGGAACUGCAACUAAUUAUCUACACAAACUCGAAGGGUGGUUUGGGUGGGACGAUUCCUACAUUCAGAAGGCUCUAG